UUUUCUGGCCGCAGCGAGCCCAGGCCACGAAAUGGCUCCCUGGCCUAGAGGCCUAGAUCCUCGCCUGAGAGGCGGCCGCCCUUGAAAAGCAGAACCGGACGGUGAGGCCUGGUGGGAAUUCGAGAAACAGGCGCAGGCCGCUACCGCGCAGCGCAGCCCGCCGCAGCUCCGACCGUGACGAGCCCCUUUGCCUUCGGCGGCUCCUGCACAACACGUGCACGCGCUUCGGCAUGCGCAGGCCCAGCUCGUACCUCACGACCCGUUUGAGGCGCGGAUGCACUCGAGCUCCCUCUCCCUCGCCUUCUCGGCCUGCUCCUGCUCGAGCUCCUUCAGCUUCACCGGGUCCGUCUCCACGGGAGCCUUCCCCGCGGCCUUCGGCUCCUCGACGGCGCCCAGGAAGUUCGCGUCCCCGCCCGCCCCACGCGCGGCGUCCAGCGCAGCCGCACGCUCCUUCUCGAGCUGCCUCUCGGCCUCCGUCUGGUCUGGCGCCGCCAUCGCUUCGGGAGGCGCUGCCCCUGCUUGCGGGAUCUGGGCCUGGUCAGAGUCUUGUAGUCCGAGCCGGCCUGAUCCGAGCCUCCUGCAGCAACUCACAGGAGCCUCCCAUAUCAUCUCGCUGGCUUCGCGGCCCCACGGGUGACCUAGGAAUCGAAUCGAAGUGUGCGUCGGAUCA